ACAUUUAGGGAGAGAUGUGAGUGUGUUUAAACCUGCUACACAAUAGUAGUUGAUGGUGCUUUUUAUUAAUAAUAGUCAUGCAUAAUAUUUUGUUUGAAAUUCAGGAGAAAACUGAAGUCACAGGCAUGUCUUGUCAAUACUGAGAAAAUAAAUAUUGCAUUACGAGAUUCUCUCAAAAAUAUAGCAGCAAACAUUUAUUAGAAAUGUUUGUAAGGAAGUAAACUGAAGAGAAAAAGUUAUAAAUGUCAUGAUUGUUAUUUAUUAUCUUUAUGGCCUGUGUUAUAAUUGAGAUAGAUUGGGACAAUAUGGUGAUGAAACCAUAAAAUAGAUCAGGAAAUAUGAACUGAAACACUGUCAUUCAAAAAACAUGACAUUUUUGUGAAAAUGUUGACUUUUUCAGUUUUAGGUCAGUUUAUAUUUUCUGUCCAUUAAUGUUCAUUGGAAUAAUGAGUUUCAAAGAAUUAUACCGUAAUAUCUUUACUUUCUAUUUGGCGUUCAAAGACUCGACAAGGACUGAAUCAUAAAACACAAAAUGUACUUUGUCACGACUUGUCUGUCUGUAAAGUUUGAACUUUGAAGCUGGUUUAAAGCACAGACGGCAGUGUUUAUCAGAUCUUCAGAACUGAUGUGUGUCACGGGUGUGUUUGAUCCUGUCAUUCACCUGUUUUAAUUUGAGUUCAAAAUCUAAUUUUACUUGUCCUACAGUUCACACAGUUAGUUUUGGUUAAAGUUUCAGUUCAAAACCUUCAUAUGUGUCUUUACACAGAAAUUAACUGAAAAUCAUAAUGAGUUGCUAAUUUUACAAAUUUUGAUGAAUGUAAAACAGCAAUAAAUAGUUUCAUGUUUGUCUUUGAUGGCUGUAAUGACGUUGCUGCUUCACGUGUCUGAUGAGGUGACAGUAUUACUUCAAUUUGUAUCUUUUAUUUGGGCCUAAGUAAUAAAUAGUAAAAAAACAACAAUAACAUGCUUUUGUUUAUUUGUUUAGAAACGGUCAUUAUUUCUGCAAUUCAGUUUUGAGUUAUUAGUGAUGCAGAAAAUAUUUGAUUUAGUAUUAAUGAUGUUGCAGGACAUCCCAAAUUUAGAAAUGUUGUAAGAGGUGAGAGGUCAGGUUGAUGCAGGAACAGGUGGAGUCAGUUUCACUUCUAGAUUAGUUUUGGUCAAACACAUCUGGAGCGUCACAGACACUGAGAGAAUCAUCAUAUAAUCACCAAAUAUAAAGAUCGGCAGCAUGGCUUACACUGCUGGUUGUUUGAUAUUGACCGUUCUAUUUGGAACCGGUGCUUAUGGCAGCACAUCAGUCAUGUUGAGGACAGCGUUUGACAUCCAUCAAUCAGACAUGAGUGAUGAGAUGCAGCAUGAGGCUCUUCAGGUCACUCUUCUGGCUGUGAAUAUGUACAAAGAGGAUAAUGACAUUGCUCGCUACAUCAAGAUGCAAUAUGAGAGAAGGCAUUGGGGCACCUGGGCAUGCAUUAUAGGGAGCUCUGGUUACUGUGUGUCACCUAAAGCUUACAGUUAUAUUGACUUCUCUGUUGGCGACAAAAAAAUUACACUCUUCAGAUCUUCCUGA